AUGUCGUCUUCUUCACCAUACCUCGACAUUCAUCACACUACCGACGCCGUCAUCCAGUGGGAGUCAGAUGGCAAGACGCGUAGCCUGUCAAAGGGCGACCCCAAAGCCACUCCUGUAACACUCACCACCCGUUUCGACAAGACAUGCGCGUUCUUCGAACUAAGCGUCCCCCUCAAGCUCAAAGGAAUCGACCACACAACCAUAACCCUCAGAACCUGUGCGUCAUCCAUCAUCUCGUUAGACCUUGUCAAGAACCCGACGGUUCCCGACGCGUUACAACAAGAGUUGGGCUCUAUCAGUCUCUGCCUCGGCCUCGCUUUGAGCCGCCCUCUCGACGUCUUUCUUCCCACUGCUGCUCUGGAGCCGGUGGCUCCAGCCCGCGCACCUUCCGGUCUAGUUCUCGAUGCUGUUCGUGAUCUUUGCCAGGCCACCGCAUUCUCCAUUUAUAUCGAGGCUCGUGAGAACCCUGGGUUCCAGGCUAUCAGCGAUUCAGCCAACCAGGGCCUUCUCAAGUCUUUUCGCAGCAGUCGCUUCCAGCUCGCUAGCAUGUAUGGCGGCCAAGGGGCCAAGCUCGUCAAUCUUGCAGGCGACACAUCACUUCCACCACCGUCAUAUAAUGAAGUUGAACCCCCACCGCCGCCGCCUCCAAUUGAUCUCAAGAACGAUAGAAAGCGCCCUAGACAAGAUAGUCAAAACGAACAUAAUAAUAAUAUCGCCCUUAUUUGGAAGGAGUUACAAGAUAUGAAAGACAUAAUGGCCCGAGACGCGAAGCGGAUUGAAGCUUUGGAGACGGAGAAUGAGAAGCUGAGGCAGGAGAACAAAGACGUGACUCAGGGCAUGGACAAGCUCCGAGAGCGAUGCACCGUCAUGGAGACAUCGCAGCAAGACUUGAAACAUAGUCUUGAAGUGCUGGACACGGACUCGGAGAGAUUUAUGAAGAUGGCGACGGAGGAAUUAUUGGAUACAUAUGAUAACGAUCUGGUGGAAUUACGUGAAGACAUGCGCGCAAUGGAGCAAGCUGUUAAGUACAUCGAAGAAGGCCAUGUUAGCGACGAGUCAGUCAAGAGGAUAAAGGACGCCGUCGUUCAGGAUAUUACGACGAGGUUGUCUGCAGAUUGA